AUGUCUGAGGAACCAUACCCACUCACUCUCCUGUGGGCCCCUCUGUUUACUGAAGUUGGAAGGGCUGGGGGCUCAGGGUGGGGGUGCUACCUUCCCUCCAGAGCCUACCAGCGCCUCUGGGAGUCCUCCCAUGUGACCCUGCAAGAGCUGCUGGAGCAAGAGCAGCCUCUGCUGGAACCCGUGCCCGAGAGGGAGCGGCAGUCCUUCCAGUACCGGAUUGCGAUGUUCUACCUGCACUACCUGGGGCUGAUGCGCGGGUUUGACACCGCCUACGACCAGAUGGUGCAGCCGCAGAAGCGGCGGCUGCUGCGGCGCCUGCUGGAUUGCGUGGUGGGCCGCGUCCUGGAGCUUAAGGAAGAGCUGGUGCGUGUAGACCUGAGCGAGUACCACUGCCUGGACCGCGUGCUGCAAGAUCUCAAACUCACCCCGGUGGAUCUAGAGGUUCCAAUCCCCAAAUACUUCUUGCUGGAACAGUCCAGUGCUAUACGGGAGCGAAGGCUGAUGCUGGCUGAGAUCUUGUCCAGAAUGGAGCCAGUGUACCCCCAUGAGACUGUUCCAGCAAUGCACCGGACUGAGGCCAUAAUUCUACUGCAAAAGGCCGAACGGGCCAGGCAAGGCAGGCUCCGGGCUACCUUCAUGCGAGAGAUUCGAAGAGAGGAGGAGCGGGAUCGGAGGAUUUGGGAGGAUGAGUGGCACAAAUUGAGUCAGGACCAAGCAGCUGUCACAGUACAGAAGGUGUGGAAAGGUUACCUGCAGAGGAAACGCACUCAGCAGGACCGGCGAGCAGAGAUGGAGUUCAUUGGCAUGCUGCCCCCGCCCAACCAGGGGGAGCACCUAGGCAUCAUUUCCCAGGCUUUCCUUGGUGAUGAAGUCCGGAGGCUCCGCCAGGUGGAAAAGGAGGAGGAGUUCCAGGUGGCCAUGGAGAAGGCCCACAGCUCCCUGACAGAGACGGAGGGGCCUGACAUAAAGGAACAUAUGAAGGAACAAAUCCGUCAGUGGUUCAUCGAGUGCCACGCCCUUACUGGUCGGUUCCCUGAUUAUCCAGACGAGUCCUUAGGUGGAUCCUACCUGAUCUUUGCAGACAAAACUCCAGAACAGGUGAGAAUGGAGCUGGAGGUGCAGGUUCAGGAGAACAAAAAAAAAGACCAAGAAAAAAAUAAGGAAAAAGAAAAUGAAAAAAAGGAGAAGAAGAAGAAAGGGAAGGAAGAAAAGGCCAAAAGGGGGGAAGACAUAACACUGCAAGUGCUGCCAUCCAAGGUCAUCCCUGCAAUUAACGCAGGACAUGAGGAGUACUUAAACCUGUGGAAGAAUCGGCAAGACGGCAUGCACCCCAGUCAGAACUUUGACUCUGAGACGCUCCGGGAGGAGAAGAGGAAGGAAGUGGAGCAGGAGAUCCGGAUACAGGUGGAUGAGCUGAUGCGCCAGGAACUAAGGAACAUGCAACUGGCCGUGGACAGAGAGGAGGGGAGACCCUUGAAGCCUCCGAAGAAAAAGCCUGGGAAGAAAACUGGCAAGAAGAAGGAAAAAGACCUGACCUCAAACAGGUCCCUGGACACUCUGUACGAAGAACUUGUUGUUUUAGGCCUUCUAAAGAAGAGUGAGACGGUAGCACUGAAAGACUACAUUGGUGACUGCCUCUAUCUUGGAUCCACUCUGACUUUUGCAAACAAGUUGCCCAUGCCCUCCUUGUUUGACAUACGACAGAACAUGGCCUUGUAUGCAGUCCUGCGUCUUGGCUCCCCAGACAUCCAUGCCAUGGCUCCCCUUAUCCGCUCCAUCCUCCUGGUGGGCCCCUCCGGCAUGGGGAAGAAGAUGCUAGUUAAGGCUGUGUGCACAGAAACUGGUGCCAACCUGUUUGACCUGUCACCCGGCAACCUGCAGGGCAAAUAUCCUGGCAAGACCGGGACACAGAUGAUGGUGCAUAUAGUCUUUAAGGUGGCCCGGCUCCUGCAGCCCUCUGUGAUCUGGAUUGGAAAUGCUGAGAAGACCUUCUAUAAGAAGAUCCCAAAAGAAGACAAGGAGAUGGACCCAAAGAGAAUAAAGAAGGACCUCACCAAGGCCAUGCGACUGCUGGUUCCUGGAGACCGUGUGAUGCUGAUUGGGACAACUGACCGGCCACAUCUGGCAGAGCUGAAGGGGCUAUGCCGGGUUUACGAGCGGAUUCUUCUGAUGCCCCGGCCUGACUAUGCUUCUCGCUUUGUACUCUGGAAGCAUAUGAUAGAAGCCCGGGGCAUUCAAAUGACCCGGAGCCUGGACAUCAGUGCCCUGGCCAAGGUGUCUGAUGGCUACACGCCUGGUCACAUUCUCCAAGCCAUCCAAUCAGUGCUGAAUGAGCGGCGGCUCCUGCAGCUGGUCAAGCGGCCCUUGGUGGCUUCAGAAUUCCUGGGACAUCUGGCAAAACUAGAUCCAGUAUACAGGGAGGAGGAGGAGUCCUUGAAGGACUGGUACUUCAAGACUCCACUGGGCAAGAAGAACUUGAAACUCAGCAAGGACUAUCUGGACGCUGAGGAAGCCAAGCUGGCCAAGGAGAAGAAGAAAAGGAAAUGA